AGCGUUCUAUUGUUGUUUUUUUUACUUUCUUUGUUGAGAUUGUAGGUGGUUUUCUAGGAAGAUAGGAAAUUACCAACAUAGAUAUUAGAGAAGAUAGAUAGUUUAAUCUAAUUUUAUAUUCUCUAGCGGGGGGCGUCAGUUAGAAAAGAAGAUGUUUGGUGGGAAGAGAUCGGAUAGGAGAGUACGGUGCGGUGCUUAUUUUGGGAAGAAGUUAUUUGGUGAGAAGAGGCUGCGGGCGAUCAAUCGUUGUGUGGCAAACGACGGUGCUACUAAGUCCAUCCAUGGGUGAACGGGAAUUUGUUGAUAAGGACAAGUUGAUUCUAAGAGGCUUAAAGUUUCAUGGUUUUCAUGGAGUGAAAUCAGAGGAAAAGAAGCUAGGGCAAAAGUUUGUUAUUGAUGUGGAUGCCUGGUUAGACUUGAAUGAUGCUGGUAAAUCUGAUGAUAUUUCUGAUACAGUCAGUUAUACUGACAUAUAUCGUAUAGUUAAGGAAGUUGUGGAGGGUCCAUCUCAAAACCUUUUGGAGUCAGUAGCUCACUUGAUUGCAAAUACAACACUGCUCAAACAUCCUCAGAUAUCUGCUGUCAGAGUGAAGGUUGGCAAACCUCAUGUGGCUGUUCAUGGCACCAUCGACUACUUGGGCGUCGAAAUACUCCGAUACAAAAAAAAACUGAUAUAAAAAGAACCAUGAGCCCUUGGCAUGAGGCUAUGUUAAGUAUCACUUUUUUUUUCCGAUGCCUACACAAUUAGCACAUCGCUAAUUUGAGGCAUAGAAAUCUCAUCGUCGAAGAGCUUCGGUUGUAGUGAUUUAAAAAUCUGAUGUUUCCCCUUGCUCUUUCUUUCUUUAUUUGUAGAACUUUUAAUCUUGUGGAAAUAACAAGCUUGACUUAUUUUA